AUGAAGCCCGAUGUCCCUCCAUCCUACGAGAACGCAAUUAGUCGUGAAGCCUGGCCUAUAAUCGCUCCUUACAUACCCUCGAGGGACCUCUGCUCGGCCUGUCUGGUUUCGCGUAAAUGGUACGCCAUAUUCGUCCCUUUCCUCUGGGGCGACCCUGCUUCUCAUUUCGGCAUCGCCAACGACGCAGUUUACGUUGCCCUCACGCGCUUCAAAAGGACUCUCCGUAAGGCAAGACCAAGUGUGAGGUGCCUGACCCAUACUCUACACCUACCGCCUGCUCUUAGCGAGAUAUACGGUGGUCCCAACCCGACGUGGUUGCGCGACGUCCUAGAAUACCUACCGAAUCUUCAGAGCCUCAUCGUCACGAAAUUGCCCUUCUUCGACCACCACAGUCUCAAUGCCUUGAGGUUCCCAAGUGGGGGAAGAAAAGUGCCCGCUGGAGAAGAGAGCGAUUUGCCUACAUAUGGUUUGAAACUACUACUGGCUUCGAGCGAGCCAAACACCACCUCAUCAGCUUUAGCUGUCGCAUUACCACGUUUUGCGAGUCUGGUCUACUUGGAUCUCUCAUAUACUUCGCCUGCUCGUGAUGCAUCUGUGCUAGCAGCGCUAUCAUGGUUGCCAGAUCUUCAAGUUCUCAAACUACGCGGUGUCGGGCUGAAGGAUGGAGAGGCCGAGGUACUAGCAAAUGCCGUGGGCAUCAAGGUUCGGCUGUUGGACAUCAGAGAUAAUCUGCUGACCGACAUGGCUGUUCGCUCCUUAAUGCAAGCUUGCUUUCUGCCUCCAGAUGCAGCGCAGCGGGGAAAUCUUAAUCUGGAAGACUGGCCAGUGGGCAUGGCUCCUGGGCCAGACUUCUUCAGUCUGGACGCUCUGCGCAGUGAAGACCUUGACCAUGAGUUGCUCAAACAAUUGACAAACCCUCUGACUGGAAGGCUUGCGUUCGAAGAUAUCCCUCACCGAGGACUAACGCACCUUUACAUAUCCGGCAAUCGACUGUCUGUUGAAGGACUGGCUAGCCUUCUGAAGUCGGAGCGUCUACACAUCUUGGAUGGAGGCUCAGUCGACACGGUCAAGACAAUUGCACGGACACGAUCGCUGUCCUCACCAACAGGAUAUAUCGAUGAAGUCCGAUUUCCUGGUGCCGAGAAACUUAUUCCAGUACUUGCAAAAUCAGCCAGCAAAAACUUGACAUAUCUCCGCGUUGAUCAUGCCUUGAUCACGACGAGACUAGAAGGUACUCAAGACGCCCCAAAAUCAACGACACCUUCUGCUGUUUCAGUAGAAGUCGCCGGUUCUCAGCCGCUUGCUGCAGAACUGCCAUCACGAGAAAGACAUGUUGCGGAAGCUCCUGCUCCUUCUCAUUACGCAUCGGAACUGCCAGCGGACAAUCACCCAAUCUUCGAGUUAGACGCUACUCCUGCACAGCCUCGAGUUGAAUUGAUUGGUGAUAUGAUUUACUUUGCGAUAAGUCCGCCCAUAGGAGAUAAACCGCAGGAGUCCAGUCCGGUCGUGGAGAAACAAAGUCCUGUCAGGGGAGAAGGCCCCUUUGCGCCAGAAGUGGUUAAUGAGGAUGCUCACACUGAAGAUCAUGAUGCCGAAGAUCACGGGCAUGUGACCGAGUCCGAGAUCUCGGACGAGACAGGCACCCACAGCACAACGCGAUCUAUACUCUCCCCUAUCUCCCCAAUCAGCGCUCAAGGGACUUUCCAACCUUUAGCACCUCCAACAACGAAACCACAAGACGCACCUGCUCCGUUGCCUCUUAUCAAGGAACCAUCGCAUGUCAUAUCCGCGCCACCUACCUCCCACUCAAGUGCCACAUUGGCUCCGUCCCCUACUCAAACACAUCAUCGUCAAGCUCGGAUAGAGGCUCUUCUAGCAAAACGACCUACAAAUGUGUCUUCCCAAAACCAGAGUACAAAAUCGGCCACGACGACAUUUUCGAGCCUCAGCAGCCUACACCCAUCCCUCCUGCCCAAUCUGAGAACGCUGAUAUUGACAAAUGUCCCUACCACUAUUCCAAAAUCAUCGGGGGUCCUGGAGAACCUGAAGUCUUUCAUCUCCGCCUGCGCUGACGAGUCCGCGCUGUCGCUGCUUCUCGCCCGCACAGACUACUCCCUCCCGCCCGGUCGAGCACGUCACAUGGCCGAACUCGAGCAGGCACGGUCCCUGUUUGCUCUUCGCACGCUCAUACUCGAGAUGGAGCAGCCUGUGAUCAAAACGGUGAAUGGCCAACGUGGCUGGCAGCACUCCCGAUACGAUAUUACGAUGAGUAAGUCAUCUACGGGCGACAUGGACAGCGAGAACCUCUGGUCGGCUGCGGCCAAUGAUUUCAGCUUCUUUGGCGAAGAAGGGGAAGAGCAAGACGAAUGUGGGAUCUAUGAGCACGAUCCAGAGAAGUACUUCCCAACGGCACACUUUGAUGAUAAGAUCAUUUUGAGUCCCGAGGAUGCCCGUAACGAUAGCGGGACUAAUAGUCCACAUGGCAGCUUUACUGGUCAUGGCUAUGGUGUUGGUACGGGGACGUUGUCGCCGUUCUCGAUGAAUUUCGGCGGUGGUUCAGCGGGGACUAUACGGAGUCCGAGGAAUUUGCCCUUGGGAAGGAAUAGGAGACCUUAG